UCUUCGAGUCUUCGAGUCUUCGACGACUCGACGACUUGACUGCUAUAUAAACACCACUCGACACCGGGCUCGUCAGUGGUCAUCACGAAUUCGACAUCACGCUCUUUUUAUUCCUAUCCUUGUCUUGACUUUCUUCUUGUUGCGAGAACUGCUGGGUCAGUCAUUCCUUUCCGUAUUGAGACACGACCAUGCCCCUCCUUCGUCACCUUCUGACGGCAACCGCCUUGCUCGGUGCCUCUGCCCAGGCGGCAACAGGCGUCACUGGCAGCGCCUUUGGCUUUGCCAGCGGGACCACGGGUGGUGGUGAUGCCACCCCUGCGGCGCCCAGCGACAUCACCGAGCUGACGACCUGGCUGUCCGAUAGCACCCCGCGGGUCAUCCUCAUCGACAAGGAGUUCAACUUCCUUGACAGCGAAGGCAAGUGCACCGACUGCGAGUGCUGCAAGCCGUCCUCGAACACUUGUGGCAGCUCGGGCCAGAAUGCGGUCAAGCAGAACGGCUCCGACUGGUGCGGCAGCUACCCCAGCCUGACCUGCACCUACGACAACGCCGCCAUCGAGGGCUUGGAGGUCGCCUCCAACAAGUCGAUCGUCGGCGUGGGCAGCGCGGGUGUCAUCCGUGGUAAGGGUCUGCGUAUGGUGAACGGCGUCAGCAACAUCAUCGUCCAGAACAUCCACAUCACCCAGCUCAACCCCGAGUUCAUCUGGGGUGGCGAUGCCAUCACCCUGGAUGGCACCAACAACAUCUGGAUCGACCACGUCAAGAUCAACCUCAUUGGUCGUCAGAUGUUUGUUGCCGGAUAUGAGGCCAGCCACAGCGUGACUAUCUCCAACAGCGAGUUCGAUGGCCAGACCAGCUGGUCUGCCACUUGCAAUGGCCAUCACUACUGGACUGUUCUCGGAUACGGCCACAACGACAAGGUCACCUUCGCCAAUAACUACCUCCACCACACCUCCGGCCGGUCCCCCAAGCUCGAGUUCAACAGCUACUGGCACGCGUACAACAACUACUGGUUCAACAACACCGGCCAUGCCUUCGAUGUCGGCGAGAACACCCGCGCCCUGAUCGAGGGUAACGUCAUGGUCGAUGUCAACACCCCUCUCCUGGCCGACAGCAACCCCGGUGCCGUCUUCGCCGUCAACUCCAGCGACGUGUCCACCUGCACCAAGGCCCUGGGCCGGACCUGCGUCGCGAACACCCUGAUCAGCUCCGGCACCCUGACCGGCAGCAACAGCUCCGUUAUCAGCAGCUGGCCCUCCGGCGAGUCGGAUAUCACCGUCAAGGCGGCCAGCCAGGUUGCCGCCUACGUCAAGGCCAAUGCUGGGAUCGGUAAGCUGAGCAACGGAUCCGGCUCGUCCAGCACUGUUGCCGCCGUGGCCACCUCGGCUGUCGCCAAGCGUGCCGGCCCCGAGAGAGACGCUCCUUACGUGCCCGCGUUCUCUGAGGCUGGCCCCGGAGCCUCCGCUGUCCCCAGCCAGGCCUCCUGGUCGUGGAGGAAGGUCAGCACCGACGGCCCUGCCCCCACUGGCGCCUCUGGUCCCCAGGGUCUUGGUGCUCCCGUCCAGGGUUCCGCUCCCCAGGCCACUGGUCACGGCCACCACCAUGGUCACCACGGCCAUGGAAACUAAGCGGAGGGUCAGUUCCACUCGCAUCAGAUUCCAAACGCGUCCGAUGCGUCCAUAGCCCCAUGGGUGGGUAUCCGCCCCGAUUGCCCGUGAGCCGCGGGCUUUCCUCUUCUUUGUACACUAUCGGCGCGC